AUGUUGGGAAAGAGGGUUCAACUUGAGGAAAUGGAAGAGCUGAUGGCGUCUGAUUUUGGUUCAGAUCGUGCCGCCACACUCGUUCAGCUGGUAUGUCAAGACCAAGCAACAAAACUAGCUCUGGCUGUAGCUUGGGACCUCGAGCGUGACGAAGUUUGUUUUCAUGUACGUCCAAUGACGAAAGGUUUCACCAGGGGGAAUAUACUAUCUUACGUGUCGUCGUUCUGUGAUCCGGUCGGCUACAUUCCUCCCAUGACAAUCCUUCCGAAACUGGUCUUACAAAGUUUGUGCAAGCGCAAAUUAGACUGGGACGAAGAAAUUUCAGGUGGUAAAUUGAAUCUCUGGAAAAAAUGGUUCGAUACUACACCUAACCUCGAGCGGUUCUCCAUACCACGGUGUAUCAGACUAUUAGGGAUGUCGUCAUGUCCAUUUCAGUUGCAUGUUUUUAUUGACGCCUCGGAAGCUGCUUACGACGGUGGCCUACCUGGUCCCCGAUAA